CACUUUCUUCAUACAUACUCUGUUAAAAAUGGCAAACCAAUUAGCAUUAACCUCUUUAUGGAUCAUGUUACUAUCAGUGGGCAUCAACGCUGGUGGCAUUGCUAUCUACUGGGGUCAAAACGGGGGUGAGGGCACCUUGGCUGAGAUGUGCUCGACAGGAAACUAUGAUUUUGUCAACCUUGCAUUUCUUGCAACGUUUGGAAACGGCCAGACACCAAUGAUUAAUCUGGCAGGUCACUGUGAUCCAUACAUCAACGGCUGCACCAAGUUAACAACCGACAUUAAAUCAUGUCAAGCAAAAGGAGUCAAGGUGAUGCUCACUCUUGGAGGAGCAAUCGGGAGCUACUACCUAACCUCUGCUGCAGAUGCCAAACAAGUAGCCACUUACCUCUGGAAUAACUUCUUAGGUGGCAAAUCAUCCACCCGUCCACUUGGCAAAGCUGUUUUAGAUGGAAUCGAUUUUGACAUCGAAGGAGGAACCACCCAACACUGGGAUGACCUGGCAAGGUAUCUUUCUGGAUACAGCAGUCGAGGAAAGAAGGUAUACCUGACAGCAGCUCCCCAGUGUCCUUUCCCGGAUGCGUAUAUUGGAACCGCUCUUAAAACAGGUCUGUUUGACUAUGUUUGGGUUCAGUUCUAUAACAACCCUCCUUGUCAGUACUCUGGAGGUAUCACUAACCUUGAAGAUGCUUGGAAGCAGUGGACUAGUGAUAUACCAGCAGCCAAGAUUUUCUUGGGGCUACCAGCUUCGCCUACGGCUGCCGGAAGCGGAUACAUCCCUGUUGGUGACCUUACUUCUAAAGUGCUUCCAGCAAUCAAAGGUUCUUCAAAAUAUGGUGUAUUGGAGGUAAUUCAAUCUCUGUUGUGACCGUUGCCUAGUUGCCGUUGGAGGUUGUUAUCGGAUGAGAAUAAACUGCACAAGUCAAGCGUCAUUCCUGAUAAUAUGGCUUGAUGCAUCUUUUACGUAUUAGUUGUUAUUUUCUCUUGUUUACGUUUACUAGCCGUUGCAUGUAUUUUCCUUUAUAAAGGAUUGUUGAAUGAUCAAUAAAAUCAUCCGAGUUUGUGCAA